GCAUAAGUGAAGAGUAGCAAUGACAACUUAAAUUGAUCUAUCGAAGCGCUCAAUACUUUCCUAAUAAAUCAACCCAAAACAUAUACAGGAAUCUAUGCUUUGGAACUUUUUUAACGGUUUAAUGAGAAAUUUGCACAUAGUAUUUGUUUAACCGCACCAGUAAACGACCCCUUGGUUUUCCCGCCUCAGACCUUGAGUCAUCCGAUUGGUUUUGGGUGAGUCAUCUGUUUGUCACUGGGUAAUUAUGUAAUAAAAUGGAUAAAAGCCAGAGUUCGAAUGACGCUUCCAGUGCUGAAUCCAGUUCUAUUAAGCCUACAACUGCACCUCGCCCAACAACACUAAAUAUACUGCUGGACAAUACAAUAAAAAGUCCAGCAUUGUCAUCUUUCCUGACACCUUCUCUAGAAGAACUCCAACCGAUUUUACGUUCAGAGGUAGAAAAAAUCCUUCAACAUCUAAAAGCGUCUCCUCAAACUCCUGGAAGCUUUCUCAAUCCUAAGCAUGUUACUGAAGAACAAGAGAGGUUCGCUAAGUAAGUAAUCUUCUUAGUACAUCCAUUUUUUCCAGUGUUUUUACUCAGAAGUUGAAUGAGCUACGGGAUGCAUCUAGUCUGGCCUCUCUGACUGCGGCUCUCAGUCCUGUUACUUCUGCCGUAAAUAAUAGUGGUUUGUACAAUAUCAAUUUGGCUGAUUUCAACUCUCAAAAUCUACCAAACUUUGCCGAACUAUGUCGGCAAGCAAGUCAAAGUGGAAUCAACACAACUCCAGCAUCUAUACUCUUUUACUCUCCAGCUUGCUUCGAUGCGCAGUCAUUCCCUAGUGUUCAGACUGUUACUCCAGGUCUUGUUGCUUUUCAGUCACAACAAACUGAUUCGGUCAACUCAACGUCUGAACAGAGUAUCACACUAACGAAUUUGCAAAAUUCACUUUCUAUUUCUCUCCCCAAUACUGCUCAACCGGCCACGGAUAGUGAAGUUACAACUGUUCAACUGCCUAACGGGUUGCGUCUUGGUAUCACAACCAAUGGCGCUUCACAAGCGUCAGUUCUUCAGAUGCUAGGUAUUGAGCCCCAACCAGAGCUUGUCCAUCAUGCUCAUAUUCAGAACCAAUCUUUGGAUCCGUCUCUUUGGCCUUUAAACAUACAAACAAAUCUACCCCCUAACGACACUUCCGAUAGUCGUCGUACAGCUUCAGCAAGUUCACUACAAGACCCUGAUGAUGCUCGUCCUUCUUCAGUAGACAUUAAUUUAGAGCAAAAUGAUCCGAUGCGAAACGUCAGAUCAUCUUCCGUCUCUUCUGUUUCUUCUUCGUCUCAAGGAAAUAGUUCUAGGAACGUCGCGGUUUCUAACCUCAAGGACACACGUUUGGAUCCCACUGAGCAGUCGCGCAUGCGGUUAGAGCGGAAGAGAGCGAGAAACCGUGAUGCGGCUCGUAAAUGUAGGGAACGAAAGAUUCGUUUGAUCAAAAGUUUGGAGAAAGAUGUGAUUCAUCUCUCUGAAGAAAACAGGGCGUUGCGUAAUCGAUUAUCUCGCAGCAGAAUUGAAGUAGAACGUCUGAAAAUGUUUGUUGUCAAUCAUCUUGACAAGGACUGUCCUGCUUUAUCUAGUAAGGUAGCAUAAAUUCCUCCUCAUUAGUAACUAGUUUAAUUUUGUCUUAACAAUCCUCCUGCUUUCUUAUUUUUUGUGUGAAGCGCCAAUCGGUAAUAAGUUAUUUAAUUUCGUGUGGUAUUUACAAGUAUUAUCAGUCUAAUUUUACCUUGCUUUUUGCCAUACAAAGUACAUUAACUAGUGACUUUUCAUAUGUGAUUUUGUUCUGUGCACUCAUUUAUUUGAUAAUAUUCGCACUUCGGUCCCAUUGUACAGACUCAUCUACCUCAUCGCUUUUGGCAUCUAAAAACUAUCCUAUUAUAAGUCAGAUUUUUGUUUGAUAUUUACUAACCUGUUGUUCAAAGAUUAUCUUGUGUGCUAUUUCAAAAAAUCUAACUUAUCUAGUCGUGUCUCACUUUUCAUUUUAUCGGUAUACUUUAUUACUCAUAAUUGCUAGGGUAUUGUGGAUCCCAAACUAAAACAUCCUAUUUAACGAAGUAAUAGUUAUUCCUAGGUCAGAAAUACGUAAAAGAAACUAAGUGUUUAAUUAAAGGAUUCAGACCGUCAUAAAAUACUCGUUGGUUAAACAUCGUUCUAGUUUGGUCAUGUGUCACUUUCAACUACGUUAAAAUUAGUUAUUUAGGUUAAAUAUCCUGGACAUCAUCGUAAAUUCUCUCGUUACCUGGGGGUAUAUCAUUGCCACGUGCAAGUCCUAACUAUUUUAGAACUAAAUCGCGAAGUGCUGUUAUCAAACUAAGUAAAACAUCGAAAGUUUUUUGAACAUACAAGAAGGGUUUUCACUUCAAAAAUACCCUUCUAGGAAUAACUAUCUCAUAGAUCAUAUCUUUUCGUUUAAUGCGAGUAUAUCCUAAACAUGACCCACUGUUAUGUAUAUUGUCUUAUGAAAAUUAACUAGAUAGCGAAAGCUGUUAAUUAAGAACGUGUUUUGUGAUUGAUUCACUUGUUGGUUUCUGAAACUAAAUAUAAACAAUUCUCAUAACUUUAGACAGCUAUAGCGUACUAUCAAGUUUAGCUACAUAUUAUAGUUGCUCAGUCACUUGUUCCCGGUAGUCUUUCACAGAGCUGUGCUAGUUAUAUUUAUUUCUCUAAAGAGAUCACCAGUCCUGAUUUACUUGCUGUGACUUUCAUCUUAACGAAAAAAGCUUUUGUCCCUAACCAUAAUUCACCGCAGAAAAUGAUCUAUUCGACUGUACUACUCCCACGUAUUAUGUUGUCUGCAUCGUAUUGUUUCUACUAAUCAGUCAAACGCUCCCAUGACUUGUUUAAGUAUCGUCCGUAAGAACUAGGUACUUAAUGGGGGUGCUAUGCUAACAGCUACAGCAGCAUGUCGAUCUCAUUAAAAAACGGAUUAUUGCGGUUACUAGACUAUCAUAGUAGAUUAGUCGGUAACAAACAAGUUCGUGGUAUUGUGUUAAAAUAUCACUAAGUUUAUAUGUUUUGGUUCAUUGCUGUAUACCAAUCUUGCUACGAGAAUAAAAGAAUAGUAACUAUGAUAUUCCAUUUAUAUGUACGUAUCUCACUAAUAAUUCGCCCCCAUAGAUGGAGUUAAAUGCUUCUGGGCAUUUUCCAUAUAUUUCUGAUAUAUUUUAUGAUAAAGGGAUAAGAUCAGUUAUCCCAACAACGAGUUGACUGAUUACUUUGAAUAACCUGUUUUUACUAUUCCCCUGACUCUUGUCGAAGUUCUUCACGUAUUUUUUUAUCUUGACUAAAUUAUUUAGUGCUUUGUAAUUCCUGUAAUCUUUAUCCAUCCUUCGAUGGAUUAUCUACCAAGAUUAAUAAUAAAGAUUUCUCUUUGGAAACGUUUACAUAAAGCCAGGACCUACUGCAACACCACAACAUCCUGGUUUUUUUCCUUAAACUCUUUAUUUGGUAUUAAUUAGUCUGUACAUUGUCACUAACUUAAUUUGUUCUUUUCAGGAAAGCAAACCUACGGAUCCCUAUUGCCUUAGUUUCGAGGAAAUUGUUUUGUGCUUAAGUUCAUUAUUUUGAUUACCCGCGGUCAAGGUUCUUUUUUCCAGUUUCUUUGACGUCUUUUUAUCUUUUUGUUAUGUACACUUCUAGUUAAUGAUCAAUUAAACUAUCGAUUUAUUUCUCCAUGAUUAUCGUAGUGGGGAUUUCUGAUCCUAGGUUUCUAAGUUCCCCAUAUUUUUUUAAAUUAUUGUAUUCUAUUCGCAAAUUGUAUCUUGGACCCCUGAUCUUUCUUAUUACAACAUAUACUGUUACUGCUUCUACGAUGGGAUUUUCCCGGACAAUUUUAUCACGCUGUGCUGCGUUUGACUGAUUGAUAAGUUAUUAAACGACUCAGGUGUUUUAAUUGAUUCCUCAUGAUAGUCGUAGGGAAUCACAUCUGAGCUUUGAUUCGAUAUAUACAAGUCAUCGUUAAUAGUCGUAUUCUUGUAGCAAUUGAUGAUCAGUUCCUGUUCAUACAUUAUUUGAUUUAUCGAGACUAAAUGCAGCAACUCUUUGUAAUCAUAGUUUAUAAACUCAUUUUGCUAGAAGUUUAAAACUCCCCAUAGAAUAUUCAAAAAUGAAGAAUAUUUGAGCGAACAAUUGUUUUCAAUAACUUCAUCAUCAUUUUGCUAGGUUUAGGAGUUGCUUCUACGACAUAUGCCCACUCAAUUUGAUCAAAAAAAGCCCCUCCAAUUCAUAGUAAGUGGUUUUCAGAAUAUUAUGAGUAAUAUCUUGUACCAUAAAAUGCUAGUAAUACUCUGCUUAUGAUCAGCCUUAUUGGGACAAUUCAUAGCUUUUUAAGGAGUAACUACUAAAGAUGUGGGUGAAUCAGUUUGCAUACCAUAUGAAUUUACUUACAUCAUACUGAGAAUUUUAAAUUGAAAGUAGGAAAUAAAUAACCUAUCAGUAGGUUGGUGGAUGGUUUCAAGGCCUACCAAAAGUCCAUUUACUAAGCAAUAUGUACAUGAAUUAAUCUACACGACCUCACCAUAAAUAACCGCUAGAUUCGCCCACAUUAUGUUCACUCUGUAUUGAUCUUUGUGUGUACUACAUGUGUAGUGGUAAAUAACUUUCUAAAAUAAAUAUUUUGAUAGGUAUUUGAUAUCGACUAUCGCCUUGCUGGUUUAAACUGGGUAGAGGCAUUCGACCAAACAUCCUAGCUUUUUCUUAGGACAUGACACGUGAGACAUUUCUCCAGUCUUUUAGAUAGCCGACCUGGUAAUUUCACGCCUGUCCCUCGAGUAGAAACUUUUAUAACUCGUCCAAUUCUAUAAUCGAGGCAUCACGUUUAACAUAAGUCAAAUAAAUAAAUAGUCAUGAUAAGCUCAUUUUCUAAAAUACUUAGUUUAUUUAGACAUUGAUUCGUUCAGACAAGGAAUUGUGGAUGUACCACUAGGUGAUGUCUACGCCUCAAGGUAUUCUUGUAUUUUGCGUCCGUUACCCAUGAUAUUUGUAGUUAAAUGGUGUCGCCUGAACUGUUCAAGCGAAAUCAUAUAAACAAACUACUUAAAUCGUCAAUCUCACAAUUAUCUUACAAAUUCAAGUAUAUGGUUGCUUCUUAAAUCACUCACAUUCACUAACCAACCGAAUCGAUUAUUUAGAAGUAGAGCCUGAGAAUAGCCACAAAAUGUAGCACACCAAUGAAGUCCUCUUAAUUUUCGGCAUUGGUUCAAAUGGUAGCUUGAAUGUGUUUGAGAAAGCUGGGUUAAUUUUGUGUUAAGCAUAGUUGUGGGUCGAAAAUGUACAUGUUCACCAGAUGGCCUUACGUUUUCAGUUAGAUAUUUGUCGGACAUUAUAAAGGUGGUUAUUUAACUAAGCUGUUUAAAUUCAGAAUGCCCAUUAUUCUCCACGAAGUCCCUUAUCCGUAGGAUUACUACAAUAAAUUGUAACUUUUACCUUCUGAUUGCGCAUACGCUUUAAGUGUGGUCUAUUUAGACUAAAAGUUUACACUAAUGUCGCGAAGAUUGGUACGAGUUGGGUGUUUUGACAGUUUUUAAGUUCCAACAUAGCAACUAUUAUCUGAAACCAUUUGGAAUGUAUACAAAUGGUUAAUUUAGGUUUUAAACUGAAGCGGACUCAUAUUUAUAAACGACGUGGUUUUAAUGAACAGUUACUAGAAUAGACCAACUCAGUUACAGAAAUGGGGACUUUCAAUUCGUAGUUAUUUAUGAUAUCUGUUAUGACUGGAAACCAGUUGGUUUGACUCAAUCCGAGAAAAACACACCAGUAAUAGGCGAAGAUUAAUUCCACAUCCAUACACAAGAUCUAAAUUUAAUAUCUCUGCAUGCAUUUAUAUUUAGAUUCAAUUUACGUUGAUUAUUGACUAAAUUUAAAUAACCGACUUAUACGAAUGUUAUACUGAAUUGUUAUACAGCUGAAAUUGUGAGAAAAAUAUGGAUUGUCAGUCUUAAGAAGUCCAUAAUCCCACACUUGAUCUUUAUGUGGCAAUAUCAAACCAUAUCUUCUCAAAGUCUUACAUUCAUCUACUAUCACAGUUUUAGCCAGGUUGGAUUUAAGCAAGGAAUUUUGUGACUUAAAGGAAAUCAACCAGUCAGUUUUCUUGUUGUGGAUUUAUUCCAUCUCAUCAAAACUACCAUCCAAAGCUUCUCGACCUCCCUAUUUCGUAUUCAUUAUUGUUUAAGAUUCUUGUUUUCCUUCUAAUUUAAUUUCUUAUGAGCAGUUUACAAUGUCUGCCCUAAUUAUAAUCUAUACUACAACUCUCCAAACGUAUUCAACUUAAGCCAUCUGAACUUCUUAAAACACUGCUUCAUUGGAUUAAUUUUGCACCAAGUAUUACAAGUUUUCUCAGUUCAUAUAUUUUACUUUGGAUAUUGAUUCUCUAUCGAAAAGAAAGUGUUGCUCUAUUUGAGACUACCGAACUAAUUUUAAGAAAAACAAAUAUUAGUUUUCUCUAAGUGCAUUAUACUUUUUACGCAUGUGUUUUCUAUCCUUCCAUGAUAUUUCUACCUGUUGGUAUUCUCAUUAAAUCUCAUUAAAACCCACUCAUCAACAGAGAAAUACUUUUCUUGCAAAAGAGGCGUUUCGUUAUAUUUUGAAAAUAAAAAUUUAGCUAAAAUGCAAAUUAUAGGAUUACCUAACAACAUCAGGUCACUGAUGUAUCUAAGGUGUAACAUUAUGCUAGUGGGCUGUUGCUAGGUAACCGUUUUAUACCUUUGUUUGUCUUAGUUGUUACCAAAUACUUAUUCUUUUUCUACAUCUCUGGGGCUUAGUACGGUUUAAAAUUAAUAUCGAAAUAAACUGUAAAUGAAGCAGUUCUGUCGGUCAUUCUGUCACAUUAGUGGAUUAUUUUAACUGCUACUUUUAACUCUUGACAAAUUACAGAACAUUUGUUUCCCCAGUAGCUAGUGUUUACUUCUCGUAAAUGUCGCCGUAUAUCUUGAUUAUCCUCUUGAAAAUCAGCUCUGUAAAACUAAUUUCAUGUAGCAUUCUUUUAUUAUUCAAAAGACAAGCCUAGCAGGAAUACAGUUUCAACUCACCAUAAAUAAUUUCCUUCACUUUAUUUUAAUUACCAACCAGCAAAGCAGUACAUUUGACUUUGUCCCAUGUUUUGAAUUGAAGAUGAUUCUCUAAUAAAUCGGUUUCUUUUGAUUCUCUAAAGCCAUUGCAAAAGUAUUUAGAAUGUUAAAUGAAAAAUUUAUUUAUUUAAACACCUGAGCUUGUAUCGCUGUAAGCAAGUUCGUUUAAAACUACCUUACAUUUUCACACUACUUUAUUUCCACAAUACUCUUGUCCCAUUUUUAAGUCAACCACGGUCAACAAACUGUAUUAUUAUUUCUCUAUUUUCUUCCAAUCUUCUAGUUUUACUGAGCCCAAAACAAUAUUAGCAUAGCGUAUUAAUACAAACUCACUGAUUUUCAGUACAAAAAUUCCCUAUCGUCAAGCUUGUAUUAGAUAUAAUAAUUAUAUCUCUGCUUGUUUGUUCUAAAUUCCUUCAGUUUUCCUACUU